AAUCAUUACUAUUUAUAUCGUUUUACUGCUAUGAAAGUAUACCCUUUGCUUUGCCUUUUUACGCUUGUGUGUUGCUCCAUUCCCAUUUCUCAACGCUACAAGAGCUCGUUCAAAGUUCUUGAAAGAAGCAGCUUAGAAUCAAAUUCGCAAGCGAAACAACAGCAGCUGAGCAUGGUUUCAUUUGCAGACAAGGCUAUCAAAUUCAAUCAGUUAGGAUCCAGUAACGGAAUUGUUAACCAGUUAAAGGCUACUGAAUAUGAACCAUCUAUGAGUGAGGACUUAAAGGUGGCUCAAUCCAAGGUUAGGACAUCCACUUUUACCAGUUCGUCUGAAUCUUCUGUUCCUACCAAGUUUGUGCUCAGUUCUGCUAGAAACUUCGUCCAAGAGUUUUUAAACUUCAAGCAACAGCAGGUAUUGUCACAGGCAGUGAAGGAUCCAAAUCCUAAACUUGAAACAUCAUUCAUUAGCUAUGAAGGUUCCCUUAAUGAUCCGGAAAAUUUGAAAGAAUUCACUAACAGAGUGGUCCAGGAGUCCCAAGCAGGUCGCCAAUUCAGUGACUAUAGUUUCAGAAGGUUUGGGGACCAACCAGUCCUGAAGGUUAAGAAGUUGAAUUUUGACCCUCAAUUUGAAAUGCCUGAUUUGGUGGACUACUUGGUGAAAUAUGAAGGAUUUAAGAGACAAGAUCUAGCCUGUUUCAUUGAAACUGAAUUAGACUAUGGGCUUGAAGAAAUUGAGAGAGAAUUGAACAAAAUCAAGGAUAACCAAAGAGAGAGAGAGAAGAACAUAAACAUUGGUGGUGAAACCUCAGACGCUGCACAUACACAUAAAGGUCAUACUUUCAUAUAUUUGCUUGCAGUUAUAUUUGCAGUUAGCAUUUACAAUUAAUCUUUUUUGCUAGAAUCAUCAAGAACCUCAAUAUUCGUAGCUGAUAGUCUCCAGAAGGUCAACAUCAAAAGCGACCGGUAUGGCGCGAAGUCCUUGGCCAAUUGAAUAAGAUAUUGGUCAUGGUAUGGAACCCAAUCUCUCUUUGAGCUCGGCUUAUCAAACUUACCUUUCUUUUUGAGUAGGAGCUUCAUGUCUUCGUUGGCAUUGACCUCCGCCUUGACUCUCUUUAAAACCUCGGGCCUCUUGCUAAAAUAGUAAGAAGCACCUCUAGCAACCCCCAAAUCAUCAUGAGCAAACACGUCAAGCAGAUUGAGUGUGAAACAUGUGAACAUUCUGGCUGACCAUUCACCAAUUCCUUUCAAUUUUGUAAGCUCCUGUACUACAACACUUUCAGGAUUACUUUUGUAAAAGCUCAAACUAGUUAAGUUAUCAUCAGGGUCACCAAACACUUGGCUUAUAUGUGUGACAUAUUUAACUUUCUGGUUUGAAAGACCGAUCUCUCGUAACUGCUCAUGCAGCUUUGUAAGAAGCUCAG